AUGGCAAAUCCUUGAUAGCAGCCAAAGAUCUAGCUAAAUGUUGGACAGUUUUUCGAAAGAAUAACUUUUCUUCCGAAUGCAUUGUGUUAUAUUAUGUUCAAAACUAUCUACACAUGAACGAACUAAGCUUGCAAUUUAGUAACAUUUCAAGAUUUUAACUUGGGUUGACAGCUAAUUUGUUGAAAAACAACAAAACCAGUUCUAAUCUUCUCAUUGAUUUGAUAACCUAAAUUUCAAUUUACCGACCUUGAAGAGUUGAAAUAUCAGCUGAUUGGAUUGGGAUUAUCAAACAGCUGUUGUUCCCGCGCGAGCGCGCGACUCAAAGCGUCUUCGAAAUGAACUUUGCUGCAAGUGCAAGUUUCUAGGUUAUGAAAGCUUAAUUUGUUUGUAGAAUAGGUUUUAUUUAUUGUUUGAAGUAAAGUAAAUACAAACAUAUAUUUUAUAUUUUGAAAUACAUCGUAUUCUAGCUGAAUAAUUAUUGUUAUCUGUAUUAAUAAACUAGAAAUAAACAAAACUUUAAAAAUGAAACUGCACGAAAAUUCAAGCUCGGGUUGUUUGUUGCAAGGCCCUAAUGACUUGGAUGCAUCAGACAAAGUUUUUCAACGUGUCAGUUCAACCUACAAUAACUUAUCGCUCAAAUUUCGUCAUAGAGCGAAGGACUUUUCAAAACAAUUUGCUCAUAUUUAUGCAGCAAGAUUGAAUGAGCAGAGAAGUACUUUGUUGGAAAAGGUUCACAAGAAAUGGGGUACCGGUGUAAAAGUCGUAAGACUAGCUGAACUUGGUGAAUUGUCUGGAGAAAAAUGUGUGAUUAUUGGAACACUGUUCAAAGACCAGGAACUGAAGCCAAGCAUUCUGAAAGAAAUUAGUGAAGAGCUGAACAUGCCAGCCCAACCCUCGAACAACCGCUACACAUCAUCGACGGAUAAACUAAUUCUAGAAGACGAGUUGCAGCGCAUCACACUGUUCGGCUGCAUUGAGGUGACGUCACUGGUGACGGGCGUCAUAAGCGCCAUCUUGGGUCAUGAGGACGACGGCGGAAAAUUCAGCGUCGAAGACGUCUGCUGGGUGGGAACCGUUUUCCCGCCGGAAAACCCCAUCAAGCUCGAAUCUGACAGGUUUCUGGUUCUGGUGAGCGGUCUGGACCUUAAAAGCAAUAACGCUGAGUCAGCACUCGCUCUGGAACUGCUCGUUGAUUGGCUGUCAGGUUGGAUCGGGGAACCCAAUGAUCAGCAGCAUGCCUCCCGCGUGGCUAGGCUCAUUAUAGCUGGUAAUGCCGUAAGUGCUUCGCCAGAAAAGAAAGAGAAAACAACUGUAGUUGAGACGGCACGAGUUGAAGAAUCGUCCAGUGUAUUAUCAGCUGUACAACAGCUUGACAAUCUGUUAGAACAACUUGUGAUUAAUAUGCCAGUGGAUCUGAUGCCUGGUGAAUUCGACCCGAGCAAUCACAGUCUUCCACAGCAGCCUCUUCACUUUUGCAUGUUCCCAAAGGCAGCCAACUACAAAACAAUGAACGGGGUUCCGAACCCGUAUGCAUGUGAAAUGGACGGGCGGCUGUUGGUGGGAACUUCAGGGCAGCCAAUCGCAGAUGUGCUCAGAUUCAGUGACGUCACAGACCCCAUUUCCGCACUGGAAAGCACGCUCACUUGGGGCCACAUAGCGCCAACUGCACCUGAUACGCUGGAUUGCUACCCGUACUACAACAGCGAUCCAUUUAUACUGGGGCAACAGCCAGAUGUUUACUUUGUCGGCAACCAAGAAACAUUUCAAACAAAAAUUGUUGAUGUUCAGAAUCCAGGUGCAGAGACAAAAUCAUACAAAACCCGUUUGGUGUGUGUUCCCUCGUUCUCCAAGACUCGCACAUGUGUUCUGGUCAACCUGAGAGAUCUGGAAUGCUACCCUAUGACGUUUGGUUCUUCUUAGAACAAUUCUACACUAAUCUAUAUUAUUGUAUAAAAAAUCCAUCUAUUUGGUAUACUGUAUACACUGUAUCAAUAAAAUUGCAUGAAAUUGUAAUAAAAGAUCAUAGAUCAAAA